AUGGACGGCCUGGUCGAUGCCUGCAAGGUGCCCUGCAUCUACAAGAGUUUCGGAUGUGAGAGGUACGUCGACCAGCACUCGCUGGCGGAGCAUAGUUCCAGAUGCGCGCACGCGCCCUACUACUGCUAUGAGUGCACGCCUCCAUUUGAGGGCUCGCUGUCGCUGGAGGAUCACCGCCACCUGCUAGUCACGGAGGAGGACGGCAGCGUCUUCCACUUGGCCAUGGGCACCGGCAAGGCCCGCGUAGGCCGCCGCCCCGUCUCUGUAGUGUGCGUCAUGGGCAACACCGCUGACGCUGACACAAGGCCGGUGUACAGGUGCGUGCUCACUGUUACUGCCCCUCCGAGGUACGAGGGCGCCCACGCCGCCUCCAUCACACUGAUUGAGACUGUGCCGAGCUGCUGCGUUCCUGGCAAUGUGGACAUGGAAGAUGCUUGGUAUGAUUUUCACCCCAAGAUGGUGCACGGGGACUCCAAGGCAGUUCACCUGGUCAUAUGCAUUACCAAGCCAAAUGUUCAUCAUUAG